AUGGACACCGAGACCGUCCAACGACGCCGUCGAACCAAUGCAACUCCUCACAACGCCGUCGUAACAGAGAAAAGGUUGAAACGCGGCGAGGUACUCGCAAAGAAGAAAGCCGAUAAACUACUCAUCAAAGAAGCGUAUGCCAAAAAGGACCAACUCGCUUCUUUUCCCGCUUAUCGUCACUUCCAAAUUAAUGGUCUGUCAGUGUGUUUGAAGUCAGGACAUGGCGAUAAACUUCCGUCUCCUGUUAAGCGUUAUAUUCAGAAUCUCCUUAAGCUUAACAUGGAAGGGCCAUAUGGAUCUGAGUGGCAAGCGGAAGAGAAAGUGAAGCGUGUAGAAAUGGUUGAUCCUGAAGCAUGCUAUAUAUUUGUGCAUGAGGUUGAUAAUUCAAAGGCUGGUGAGAUGACAACGAUGUUAACUGCGGAAGAUACUUCAACCAGUCGUCUAGAAGAUAGUAGCCUCUUGGUUGGGUUUGUACAUUACCGCUUUGUUUUGGAAGAAGAGGUACCGGUGCUUUAUGUGUAUGAACUACAGGUUGAGCCUCGGGUCCAGGGGAAAGGAUUGGGGAAGUUUCUAAUGGAACUAAUUGAGCUUAUCGCCCAAAAGAACUGUAUGAGUGCUGUCAUGCUUACUGUUCAAAAGGCAAACUUGUCAGCUAUGAAGUUUUAUACAAGUAAGCUAAGAUAUAUCAUAUCAGCCACAUCACCUUCUAAAGUUAAUCCAAAGAUAGAGACGAGUUAUGAAAUUCUUUGCAGAACAUUUAGUGACGAAGCUAAAACUAUUUUGGAGGUGACUGAAAACAAAAGCUUUUGA